GGCCAAUCUACUGUUGGAAAUUCGACGUACACCACUGAUAAUCACGGAUUUGUUUAUUUACUGACUACUUCUACUUCAGUCACUGUUGACUCUUGUGUUUUGUGUCCGUCAAUAAGAUAUCUUAAUAGCAGUCUUAAAAGAGACACUUACGCCCUUGGAUUCGCCAAUCCAAAUAAUGUAGACUACUAUCUUACUAUUUCAUUAAAAUUAAGUCCUUCAGUAACAAGUCAAGCGAAUUAUCCAACAAACGCAUUCAAUCCUAACCCAACAAACGCAUUCAAGCCUUCAUCAAGUCAAUCAAAUACUCCAGGAAGCAAUUCAAAUCAGCAAGACUCUUCAUCCAAUAAUACAUUGCUUGUUGGUGUUGGCGUUGGUGCUGGUGUUUUACUUGUUGGCAUGUUAGCUCUUCUUGGAUUUUUUUACUUCUAUAACAAAAGAAGAACACACCAUGCAAUCAUUGAAAUGCCUGGUAGCAAUACUCCUUAUUGA